UACUACGUACAAGACCUCACUAGCUAAUUCCUCCAGCUAGCUAGCUCGCUCCUGCACGUGCAAUGGCCGCGCCGGCGUCAGUCACCAGGUGGCUUCCGCUGAUGGCCUUGGCCGUCCUCCUCGCCGCCGCGGCCGCCACGCGCACCUCGCCGCGCGGGAUGGCGACGUCGGCCUCCGGCUACCAUGGUGACGACGACGAGCACCACCACCACCACCGCGGCCUGCACGAGGACGGUGACAACCGGUCAGUCAUCGACCACCGCCACGGCCAUCGUCACGGUGGCCACGGCGUCUCGACGGUUACCGACCACGACCAUGGCCAUCACUAUGGCGGCCACGGCGGGGACGCUGCCGCCGCGUCGGUUAUCGACCACGACCACCGCAGUGGCCAUCAUCACGGUGGCCACGGCGGUGACGGCGUCUCGGCGGUUACCGACCACUUUCAUCGCCAUCACCAUGGCGGCCACGGCGGGGACUCCGCCUCGUCGGUUAUCGACCACGACCACGACAGUGGCCACCAUCACGGCGGCCACGGCGGACGCCGCGGGUUACUGGCACUCAACGACGAGGACAUGUGCUCCGGCGGCUGCUGCCCCGGCCAUCACCAUGACGACGCCGCCGACGGGCACCACCACGGCCAUAUGGGCCCGCACGGGGACUCGCAUGUGCCGGCACCCUUCAAGAUCGCAACCUAAACAUGUAUGAACGUACGUACGUACGAGCUAUCUAUACGUUGUAUUAUACUGUGUGUAUACGUACGUUGCCUUGUGAUGUGGAGCAGCUUUUAAUUUGUGUGCGUAAUACGUAUAUACGUAUGUGUGUGUAUCGGUAUCGAUCAGUGUUGCUUGAUAUCUCCUAUAGAAGUGAAGUGAGAUCCUCUGAUCUAGUGGUAUAGUCACUUAGAUGUGACCCCAUAGAUGAUGAGACUUGUACGUUAGUGAUCACGUCUCUUUGAUUUUAGAGGAUCUGCUUUUAUGUCCUAUAGCUUGUAUUGGUCUCUUUCCUCGAUCUUCUUCUCUUCCUAUGGCUGCGUGUGUGUACGUAGUGCAGGCAUAUGUGGCAU